AUGGCUGCGGCUAGCGUGCUGCAGUUGAGUUGGACAACAAGACUGUUGACGCUCGGCGAUGUGCAGACACACGUGUAUGUGUCUCCCACUGGGGGCACCAGCGCCGUAGAAUGGAGUCUCGGCGAUGUGACAGCCUGGGUGUGGAAGAGCGGUGAUUCAGGAUCGAGGUUGCAGAAGUUUGCCAAGCAAAUGGAUCGAAUCCAGUCAGCGUACCGGACUAUGUAUGGGCAAGACAUGCCCGCACCCAUGCAGUUGGCCCAAACGAAGAACAAGGAUCCUAGCAGGGUCACCAUGUAUGAGAAGACGGUGAGCACGCCGGUCUUAGCUUCCACACUGGUGGCAUUGCUCACUUUACCACAUUUCAGCCCAGAUGUGUUCCAUCGCGCGGCUGAAAUUGUGUACGGGCUUUUGAGAAGGUUGUGUGAGAGCCAUCACGCAGGCACUUUGAAUGUUCCAACGCUCGGCAUGCAGCAAAAAAGGGUGAAGGUCAAUGCCAGCGGCACACUUGCUUCCAGCGAUGUAUGGUCUGAAACGAUCAGGCCAACUCUAGAGAGCAGCUGGCAGGACUCGGUUUCUGACACAAACCUUGCAUGGCUCCGGUCCACAUGCCAGACCAUGACCAUUCCAGAGUUCAUUCUUUUCUGUUUGAAUCCCGCGGUGCUGCAGAAGUUUUCGUUCUUGAGGAUUGCUGGAGAACAGUUGAUGCAGCAGGUACUCAACUUGUGCACACCUGCGUGCAUGCUUGACUUGACGGAUCCAUCCACUUUGAAACGCUGUCAAGCAGUUGGCAGCACGGUGGCAGUUCGAAGGGGACUGAAGGUAGGAGCGUACUUUGAAGCAUGCCAGAUGAUUUGCCGGGGUGAGACUUUCGACGUCCCGAUGAUUCAAGCCCUGAUGGAGCCUGAGUACCAGCUUUAUCCACUGCUCGUGGACUCUGCUGACUGUGGCCACGCAGGCACCGCCAGGAAGCGCUACUAUGUCAUCAUGCGGCAUGUGGCCUCCACGGACUGCAUCUUUGAUCCUUUCGAGCUCUACGAGCUCAUUCGGGAGUAUAUCACAGAGAGGGACUACCUCAUCGCCACCGCAGAGGAGGUUGCCCUGGAGGCGCAAGCUGUUGCCCGGACAAGGAACUUGGUCUACAACCCGAACGAGUUUGACCUGAGGUACUUGUUGAACCGGCGGGAGGUGAACAGCCUAGAGAAAGCUUGCGCUGAGUAUUGGGCUCGAUUUGGUUCGGAUCCUUACUCAGACCCCAACCUGGCGAUUUAUUUAGGAGACAGUGGUGAUCAGUGGCUCACGUGGAGCGCAGUGAGCGGAAGGACACCCACGAUGAGGUUGAACAGCGGAUUGAUGUUCUUUCCGUGUGCCCGUAGGUGGAUGUGUGCUUCAGAACGGCUUGCAGCCCUCGGAAUGCCCAUCCGCAAGGAGCUCGCAGAGCCCAUGGGCAUUCCAAGAGUCCUCAUCCGGGACGAGCGCAGGGCUAACUUUCUGGCCGGGAACUGUAUGUUGCUUCCCAGCGUGGCCAUAGUGCAGAUGAUUGCGUUGGCGUGUGUGGCUGCCAAGCAGCGUGUGUUCUUCGACGGGCCCAACAUUGGGAAGCGCCCGACGGAGCUGCUGUAUCUCUAUGCGCCGCGCCUGAAUCUGGGAGCGGUAGCUCCACCCAUGGCCGCGGCCACAACUGCUGCUAAUCCGCCGCUGCUGUCUGCAGCUGCAGUUGAGUACCUGAACUUGGUGGCUGAGGGGGGCAAGGCAAAGGCGAAGGCACCAGGGAAGUACUCGUCUUCCUACAAGAAUUUGUCCAUGUUCCCGGACCACCUCAUUCUCGAGAUGGUUGGCCACGCGGAGCCCGUGUUUUGUGGAAGCGCCUACCUCAACAAGGUUGGACUUACGCCAAAGGACAAGCCGUACUCGCCAAAGCCUGAGACAGACUUCGAGUACGUGAAGGCUGAGCACGUGGAGCAGCUGAAGAACGAGUACUGCCGCCAGGGCAUGCAAGUGAAGCAGUCGAAGAUGACGAAGGAAGAGGCGUGGGCCAAGUCAGAGACUGCUCUGGUGGAGGCUGCGCGUGACCUUGCCAAUGCUGGCACUGCCGCCCCAGCCCAGCCGUUGGCCGGGAUUGGAGGUGUUGGCCUGUAG